UAUGCCACAUAACUAUAUAAUAUUAAUUUAAACAAAUUAAAAAAAAAACAUUGGAUAGAUUAGUAGAUAUUGACAAGUUGCUGUGUGUAGAAUUGAUUACGUCAAAACAUAGUUUUAAAACAGUUUGUUAAAAUUUAAUUAUUUUAGGAUAUGACUUAAAACAAAGUUUAUUAAAUCAUCACAAAUGAAUACUAUAAUAUGUAAUUUAGUCCGAAGUACAGUUUCUCUCAGGAUCAACUGCAAAAUGAGUACGGAACAACCGGUACGUAGAGCUAUCCAGGACAAAUUGAUGAAAGCGUUUGAACCUACCCAUUUGGAGAUCAUCAAUGAAUCUCAUAUGCACAAUGUUCCCAAGGGAGCAGAAACACAUUUCAAAGUUCUCGUGGUUGCUGAAAAAUUUGCUAAUGUUCCUUUAUUAAAAAGGCAUCGUAUGGUUAAUGAAGUCCUAGGAUUUGAGUUGCAGAACGGUGUUCAUGCUUUAUCUAUUUUAGCAAAAACACCAGAUCAAUGGAAUGUGGACGAACAAUCUGUUGAACCUAGUCCAAAUUGCAGAGGGGGUUUUGGAAAAUAA